AUGGGCGGGGAGGCCCCGGAGCCGCGGCGGCUCAGCCGCGCGCUCAGCCUGGACGGCAGCGGCGUCCCGGAGGAGGCGCUGCACCUGGUGCUCGGCUACGUGGACGACCCGCGCGACCGCGAGGCGGCCUCGCUGGCCUGCCGCCGCUGGCACCACAUCGACGCGCUCACGCGGAAGCACGUCACCGUGCCCUUCUGCUACGCCGUGUCCCCGGCGCGCCUGCUCGCGCGCUUCCCGCGCCUCGAGUCGCUCGGGGUCAAGGGCAAGCCCCGCGCCGCCAUGUACGGCCUCAUCCCCGACGACUGGGGCGCCUACGCCCGCCCCUGGGUCGCCCAGCUCGCCGCCCCGCUCGAGUGCCUCAAGGCGCUCCACCUGCGCCGCAUGGUCGUCACCGACGACGACCUCGCCGCCCUCGUCCGCGCCCGCGGCCACAUGCUGCAGGAGCUCAAGCUCGACAAGUGCUCCGGCUUCUCCACCGACGCCCUCCGCCUCGUCGCCCGCUCCUGCAGAUCACUGAGAACUUUGUUUCUGGAAGAAUGUACAAUUACUGAUAAUGGCACUGAAUGGCUCCAUGACCUUGCUGCCAACAAUCCUGUUCUGGUGACCUUGAACUUCUACUUGACUUACCUCAGAGUGGAGCCAGCUGACCUCGAGCUUCUCGCCAAGAAUUGCAAGUCACUAAUUUCGUUGAAGAUUAGCGACUGCGACCUUUCAGAUUUGAUUGGAUUUUUCCAAAUAGCUACAUCUUUGCAAGAAUUUGCUGGAGCGGAAAUCAGUGAGCAAAAGUAUGGAAAUGUUAAGCUUCCUUCGAAGCUUUGCUCCUUCGGACUUACCUUCAUGGGGACAAAUGAGAUGCACAUAAUCUUUCCUUUUUCUGCUGUACUCAAGAAGCUGGAUUUGCUGUACAGUUUCCUCACCACUGAAGAUCAUUGCCAGCUCAUUGCAAAAUGUCCAAACCUACUCGUUCUUGCGGUGAGGAAUGUGAUUGGAGAUAGAGGAUUGGGGGUUGUCGGAGACACAUGCAAGAAGCUACAAAGGCUCAGAGUUGAGCGAGGGGAAGAUGAUCCUGGCAUGCAAGAAGAGGAAGGCGGAGUUUCCCAAGUAGGCCUAACAGCGAUAGCCGUAGGCUGCCGUGAACUGGAAAACAUAGCUGCCUAUGUGUCUGAUAUCACAAAUGGAGCCCUGGAGUCCAUCGGAACGUUCUGCAAAAACCUCCAUGACUUUCGCCUUGUCCUGCUUGACAGACAAGAGACGAUAACAGAAUUGCCGCUGGACAGCGGUGCACGCGCGCUGCUGAGCGGCUGCACCAAGCUUCGGAGGUUCGCUCUGUACCUGAGACCAGGGGGGCUUUCAGAUGUAGGCCUCGGCUACAUCGGGCAGCACAGCGGCACCAUCCAGUACAUGCUUCUGGGUAACGUCGGGCAGACGGAUGGUGGACUGAUCAGUUUCGCAGCCGGGUGCCGGAACCUGCGGAAGCUUGAACUGAGGAGCUGCUGCUUCAGCGAGCGGGCUCUGGCCCUCGCCAUACGGCAAAUGCCUUCCCUGAGGUACGUGUGGGUGCAGGGCUACAGGGCCUCUCAGACCGGCCGCGACCUCAUGCUCAUGGCGCGGCCCUUCUGGAACAUCGAGUUCACGCCUCCCAGCACGGAGACCGCGGGCCGGGUGAUGGAAGACGGGGAGCCCUGCGUUGACAGGCAAGCUCAGGUGCUGGCGUACUACUCCCUCUCUGGGAAGAGGUCCGACUACCCGCAGUCUGUUGUGCCUCUGUAUCCUGCGUGA